AUGGCUGAAUUUGAUCCAUCUUUUAUUAUUCCCAGUGAGCAUAAAAUUCGUACAAUGAUAGCUAAAAGCUAUCAAUAUAAUCAAAAUAAUCUUCAACAUUUGCUAACUGAUAUGUUUAAAGAUGUAAUGAUAGAUAUAAUUUAUUUUCCAUCUCCAUAUACUGCAAAAGCAAUUGCAGAUACCUUAAAUAGAGCUAUUAAUAAAUGGAAUCUUCAAAAUCGUAUUACUAGUAUUACAACUGAUAAUGGUUCAAAUAUAGUAUCUGCUAUUUUAAUUUUAAAUACAAUGCAAAGUUAUAAUGAAAAAAAAGAUGGAUUUAAAUUAAAAAAAAUAAUGUUGUCUGAUGAAGAAUGGGAUUUAAUAGAUAAUUUAAUUGAUUUAUUAAUGCCAUUUGAAGAGGAUAAUAAUGAGGAUUUAUAUUUAAUUGAGUCUGAAAAUGAUACAGUAACAAGUUAUAUAGCAUCAUUAUUAGAUCCAAGAUAUAAAAAUUGGGAUUUUAUUGAAAAUGAGAAAGUAAAAAGUGAGCUUUUUCAGCAACUUCGUAAUGAGUAUGAAGCUUUAAACUAUUCAGAAUCUAAUUUUGAACUACAAAAAGAU